AUGGCCGCCGCUGCCCCGUCCACCGGUUCUGCGAAGUUGGAUAAUGUCGCCUCCAAGGUGGUGCCCCCGGCGCCUCAGAUGAGCGGCCUUCAACUGUACUCCAGAUUCGCCUUUGCCGGCGCUGUCUGCUGUUCUGUCACCCAUGGAGCCCUCACACCUGUCGAUGUCGUUAAGACGAGAAUCCAGCUCGACCCGGUCACUUACAACAGAGGCAUGAUUGCUGGUUUCAAGCAGGUUGUUCAGAAUGAGGGUGCGGGUGCCCUUAUGACCGGCUUCGGCCCAACCGCUGCCGGUUAUUUCUUACAAGGUGCUUUCAAGUUUGGAGGUUACGAAUUCUUCAAAAAACAGUCGAUCGACUUACUUGGCUAUGACACUGCUCGCAACAACCGUACUGCUGUUUACCUUGCUUCGUCCGCCAUGGCUGAGUUCUUUGCCGAUAUUGCCCUUUGUCCACUCGAGGCUACCCGUAUCCGCCUUGUCUCUGAGCCCACUUUCGCUAGCGGCCUUAUGAGUGGUUUCAGCAAGAUCCUCAAGAAUGAGGGUGUUGGUGCUUUCUACUCUGGUUUCGGUCCCAUUCUCUUCAAACAGGUACCAUACACUAUGGCCAAGUUCGUCGUUUUUGAAAAGGUCUCGGAAGCUAUCUAUGAUCAAGUAGGCAGAGAUGGUCUUUCCGACGGCGCUAAGACUGGCGUCAAUCUUACCUCUGGUUUAAUUGCCGGUCUCGCUGCCGCCAUUGUCUCUCAGCCCGCCGACACCAUGCUUAGCAAAAUCAACAAAACCAAGGGGCUUCCAGGAGAGAGCACCGUCUCUCGUUUGGUCAAGAUUGCUGGUGAACUUGGACUCAAGGGCUCCUUCAGCGGUCUUGGUGCUCGUCUGUUCCUGGUCGGCGCUAUCACUGCCGGUCAAUUCGCUAUCUACGGUAUGGCCAUCUACUCCUUUCCUAAUUCCACUGAGCUACAUGCUAAUCUUCCUGCACAGGUGACAUCAAGAGAAUGCUCAAUGCUACCGGAGGCGUUGAAUUGGCCAAAUAAACAAGUCUUUUGA